AGAAUUCUAAAUUCUUGUUGUCUAGGAAUAUGAGACAGUAAUGAAAGGUUUAGACCGCAAUGCUCCUUCAGUGCCUCCUCAGAAUACUCCUCAAGAAGCUCAGCAAGUAGAUAUGUGGAAGAAAUAUAUACAGUGGGAAAAGAGCAACCCUCUUCGUACAGAGGAUCAGACCCUUAUAACAAAAAGAGUUAUGUUUGCUUACGAACAGUGCCUGCUUGUGCUGGGCCAUCACCCUGAUAUUUGGUAUGAAGCUGCCCAGUAUCUUGAGCAGUCAAGUAAACUGCUUGCAGAGAAGGGAGAUAUGAAUAAUGCCAAAUUAUUUAGUGAUGAAGCUGCUAAUAUAUAUGAAAGAGCCAUAAGCACUUUAUUAAAGAAGAAUAUGCUUCUUUAUUUUGCAUAUGCGGAUUACGAAGAGAGUCGCAUGAAGUAUGAGAAGGUUCACAGUAUAUAUAACAGACUUUUGGCAAUUGAGGAUAUUGACCCCACCUUGGUAUAUAUCCAAUAUAUGAAAUUUGCAAGGAGAGCAGAAGGUAUCAAAUCUGGAAGAAUGAUAUUUAAAAAAGCAAGAGAAGAUACCAGAACCCGCCACCAUGUCUAUGUUACUGCAGCACUCAUGGAGUAUUACUGUAGUAAGGACAAAUCUGUUGCCUUUAAGAUUUUUGAACUGGGGCUAAAGAAGUAUGGAGACAUUCCAGAAUAUGUCCUAGCCUAUAUUGACUAUCUUUCUCACCUCAAUGAGGACAAUAAUACUCGAGUUUUGUUUGAACGAGUUUUAACAUCUGGAAGCCUUCCUCCUGAGAAAUCUGGAGAAAUCUGGGCCCGAUUUCUAGCUUUUGAGAGUAAUAUUGGUGAUCUAGCUAGUAUACUCAAAGUGGAGAAAAGACGGUUUACAGCAUUCAAAGAAGAGUAUGAAGGAAAAGAAACGGCUUUACUGGUAGAUAGAUACAAGUUCAUGGAUUUAUAUCCUUGCUCUACGAGUGAACUAAAAGCACUUGGUUAUAAGGAUGUCUCCCGUGCUAAGCUAGCCGCUAUAAUUCCAGACCCAGUUGUAGCUCCUUCUAUAGUGCCUGUUCUGAAAGAUGAAGUGGAUAGAAAACCAGAAUACCCUAAACCAGACACUCAGCAGAUGAUUCCAUUUCAGCCACGACAUUUAGCACCUCCAGGUUUACACCCUGUCCCCGGUGGAGUGUUCCCAGUGCCUCCUGCAGCCGUUGUUUUAAUGAAACUUCUCCCUCCUCCUAUCUGUUUCCAGGGUCCUUUUGUACAAGUGGAUGAACUGAUGGAAAUUUUCCGAAGAUGCAAGAUACCAAAUACCGUUGAGGAAGCUGUGAGGAUCAUUACUGGCGGGGCCCCUGAGCUAGCUGUGGAAGGCAACGGCCCGGUGGAAAGUAAUGCAGUACUCACCAAGGCUGUCAAAAGGCCCAACGAGGAUUCAGAUGAUGAUGAAGAAAAGGGAGCUGUCGUCCCCCCUGUUCAUGACAUUUACAGAGCACGGCAGCAGAAGCGGAUUCGGUGAAGCUGAGACCUGCCUCUGAAACAAAACGCUUAUCCAGGACUCCCUUUUUGCCUCUUAAGUCACAUGUUUAAAAGAGACAACGCUUUGUUACAAGGUUCUUGGAAACAAGGUUGUCAUUGGUGCCUCUAUCAUAUGGUUCUUGAGAAAAAAAACCAACCUGUGUGAAUUUUAGAAUAUGGAACAGACCCGUGCUCUAAGCAAAAUUAGGUUCUCAAAAAUGUGAGAAAAGUACAAAAUGGCAGAACCACAUUUGUUCCCUCUUCAAGGGUGUCUUGUAUGUGCCACUUGAAGAUUUGUGAGUUUUCAACAGUUUUAUUUUAAAAACUGGAUGGCUUAUGAUUGUAAAGCAUUUUAUCACAUUUUCUGAAAAACAGUUGUUCUCUGUUUGCUUAUGUAGAGUCCUGCCUUAUUGUUUGUUUUUAUUUAUGGCAGAAUGUAUGAAUCUGUUUUGUAGUUUAAAAUUUUAAAACGGUCCUAUAAAAAAAUAAAAGGAUCUCAAAAACAUCA